CGGUUGUUCGGUUUUUUCUCUAGGAAAAUUCAUUCAAUUUGAUUUUCUAAUUUUUAGGGUUUCUUUCAGAUUUCAUUUCACUCUCACACAAUUUAAGAAAAAAAAAUAUUAAAUCACUACCGUUUGGACAUCUCUAACAAUGUUCCCGCCGAUGAAGCAACAAAACAUCGGGAAACAAUCGGAAGUAUCCGAUACGCCGUCGAGCAAUUUAUGGGUAGGGAACUUAUCGGGUGAGACGGUGGAUUCAGAUCUGAUGGAUUUGUUCGGCAAGUUCGGUGAACUCGAUAGCGUCGCUACGUACUCUUCUAGAAGCUUCGCUUUCGUGUUCUUCAAGCGUGUGGAAGAUGCGAAGGCGGCUAAGGAAGCUCUACGAGGAGCCACCUUGCAUGGAAACCAGAUCAAGAUUGAGUUUGCUCGACCGGCAAAGCCUUGUAAGAGUCUAUGGGUUGGUGGAAUUAGUCAAACUAUUUCGAAGGAAGAAUUGGAAGAAGAGUUUUCCAAGUUUGGUAAAAUUGAAGACUUCAAGUUCCUUAGAGAUCGUAAUACUGCAUUUGUAGAGUAUUUUAGAAUGGAAGAUGCUUCCCAGGCCAUGAGAAGCAUGAAUGGAAAGAGAAUAGGCGGUGCACAGAUACGUGUUGAUUUUUUGCGAUCCCAUCCUUCAAGAAGAGAACAGUGGCCUAACUCUCAUGAUCUCAGAGAUGGGCCUUUUACUGGUAGAAUGGGGCCUUCUGAUAGCCAUUUGGCGAAAAGACCACAUUCUCAAAUAGUUGGCCGAAAGGGAGACAGUCAGCCUACCAAUGUUUUGUGGGUAGGCUAUCCUCCGUCUGUGCAAAUUGAUGAACAAAUGCUUCAUAAUGCCAUGAUACUGUUUGGUGAGAUUGAGAACAUUAAGAGCUUCCCUUCAAGACACUAUGCUUUUGUGGAGUUCAGGAGCGUGGAGGAAGCUCGUCGUGCAAAGGAGGGUUUACAGGGUCGUUUAUUUAACGAUCCAAGGAUUACUAUUAUGUUCUCAAGCAGUGAACUUGCACCUGGCAAAGAUUACUCUGGCCUUUAUUCAGGCAUAAAGGGGCCAGGGCUUGCCAUGCUCUUAAGUGAUCAUCCAUUUAGAUCUUCACAAAUGGACAUGUUUGGUCAAAAUCAUACACUACCACCAAAUACAGUAACUGGACCAUUAGCAACUAGUGGUAUUCUCGGAUCAAAUGUGCCAGUCAGGCCUUUUAAUCAUCAAGGUAGCUAUGACCCUUUGCUUUCUGGUCCAGAAUACAACGAUUUAUCUUCACAUCAUAAUAUGUUGGAUGCUGAUCUUAAAAAUCUCACGGGUCCUAAUUGGAGAAAAUCUUCUCCUUCUCUCCCUUCUGCUCAAGGUGUCAGGCCUCCAAUGAGACAGACGUCUGGUUCUUGGGAUGUUUAUGAUGUGAACCAAUUUCAAAGAGAUGCAAAACGUUUGAGGAUAGAGGCUUCAUUGCCUAUUGAUGAUGCUUCUUUUCCUUUAAGAAAGAUGGAUGAUCUUGGGCCUGGCUCAGACCAUUUUGGGCCAGUAAUUGGUGGGGGUGCUUCAAGUCCAUUUUUGAAUGUCCAGGGAAAGGGUCGUUUGAGUCCAGUGCCUGGAAAGCUCCCUGCUGGUGGACCUGGACGAGCUCAUCCUGAUAAUGAUUACAUUUGGCGUGGCAUUAUUGCCAAGGGUGGAACCCCUGUUUGUCAUGCCCGAUGUGUUCCCAUCGGAAAAGGGCUCGAGACAGAACUUCCCGAAGUUGUUAACUGUUCAGCCAGAACAGGAUUGGAUAUGCUAGCAAAACACUACUGUGAGGCCAUUGGAUUUGAUAUUGUUUUCUUCUUACCAGAUAGUGAAGAUGAUUUUGCAUCAUAUACUGAAUUCCUUCGCUACCUUGGCUCGAAAAGCAGAGCUGGUGUUGCUAAGUUUGAUGAUGGGACAACACUAUUUUUGGUGCCCCCAUCAGAAUUCUUAACCAAGGUUCUUAAAGUUACAGGACCUGAACGACUCUACGGAGUUAUUUUAAAGUUGCCUCCACAGGUACCUUCCACUGCACCUCUACAAUCGCAUCCACCUUCUCUUUCUCAGCAUGAUUAUAGUCUUCCACAUUUGAAGGAAGAACAAGCUUUGCAGAGGGAGUAUGGAAGGGUUUCACACGAGGAGUCCAUACCUUCUGCAAGACCUCUAGCGCAAACUACUGUGCAAAAUCAACCACCCAGCAAUGCUGCAGCAAUUCCCCAAACUGGUGUUUCUUUAACACCAGAUCUGAUUGCUACUCUGGCCUCUUUUCUCCCAACGGUGUCACAGUCUACUGCUGUUGGUGGUGUUCAGCCUCCAUUAGUGACAUCAACUACACAGCCCUCAUUUCCUCAAGGCAUUGCACCGAAAGGAGCUCCUGCACAAAAUUGGAACCAGGAGCAGCAAGCUUAUGAUCCUGCAGCCUCAUCCUUCCAACAGUUCAAUCCUCCAGCACAGUUACCACCAGCUCAGCAUUACUCAUCGAUAUCCAAUACACCCAUCCAUUCUGCCCAAGUGGCCCAUGGCAGCACCCAAUAUCUGGAUUCUGCAGCGGGCUUACCACAGCAAACUGCUUCAUCUUCAAGGCCAUUAACUAAUUUUAGUAUCCCUUCUCAAAGAGAACAUGUUUCUGCCCCUUUUAGCCAACAGUAUCAUCCCGAGGCCCCUUCGAAUACACAGAAUGGCUAUGGAAUGAUGCAUGGAGCAGAUACUUCUGGGUUGUAUGGUGCGCCAGCUUUUCAGCAGCCGAGCAAUCCUGAUGUUUUGUCUAAUCAGGUUAAUGGUGCUAAUGUAUUCCAGCCACAAAAUUUGAUGCAAGGUGACAAACAAAAUUUGGAGCUUCCUAGUCACGGACAGCAGCUGCAGUCUGUGGUUCCUGGAGCUGGUCAGGGCACAUCAGAUGUAGAAGUUGAUAAAAACCAGCGAUACCAAUCAACGCUGCAAUUUGCAGCUAGUCUUCUCCUCCAGAUUCAGCAACAGCAGCAGACAAAUACUCCAGGUGGACAAGGGACAGGGAGUCAGCUGUGAUAUCUUCUUCAAUCUAGCUGCUUAACGUUCAUUUAAAUAUCGGAUAUGGGUAUUCCUGUUUUCACUCAAGCUCAUCAACGUUAUAUAUAUGUUCGGUGAAUGUCGGAUAUGAAUAUGUUUACUAGCUCGUUCGAAGUUUGUCAACAUAAUUGCAGUAGGAUUUAGGAUUCAUAUUCAUGGCAAAAACAAAAUCCAAAAUAAUUUUCCAUGUUUAUUUCGUUUGUUUCCAAGUCCCAACAUAACAAAGCCUUUUUAUAUUAAUUCAUUUAUUCGAUUUAUGUAGGCAAAAAUUUUGGGCUGUGAAUCCGUAGGUACGAAGCAAAUUUCGAAUUUUUCUGAAAAUGAACAACUAUGAUUGCCGUCGACUGU